AUGGCGUCGACGAACCCUCCCCAACAGGCAGCCCAACAAGCCGCGCACGCGGCACUGUAUUCGUAUCUGCAAAGAGAGGAUGGGGACGGGCUUCACCGUCAGGUGUCCGAUCGAGGGAAGGCGUCGGCAUCACCGUUCAUGCGGCAGGAGAGCGCCCCUGCCGUCUCGAGAGUUCAGAGCAUAACGGCGAGCAAAGAAGUGGCUCGAAGGGCCCAGAUAGACUUCUGGGAGCUUCAUCGCCUGCUUGGGGAGCGAUACGAGGCGGACAUGAAGCAACGUUCAAUCAGCAAAUGUUCGAGCCCGCCGAUGUCUGCCGUGCCGGAUGCGAUUAUCGGCAAGCCCUUGCCUUCGCCCACAGGACUGCAACCUGCAGGAUUGCAACCAGCUCCUGGGGUUCCUGCGUUGAAGCGGCAACAGAGUUCUCUGGCAGCCUUCAAGCGCCGAGAUUCGGAAGCGAGCUUGAUGCCCGUGGAGAGCGACGGCAAUGUUCCCACUCCCGGCGGCAUUGCACAAGUAGGCUUCCGUGAUUCAGCAUCUUUCCAAGUGUCGGGGGCCUUCAAACGGCGGAGCAGUGCCGACAGCGAGGUGUCGAGCUUCCACCCGCUUCGAUGCUGGACAGUUCGAGCCAGGACACUCUCGGGCCGAAAGAAGUCGGUGAAGAGCUCGACGAUCAACUCAGCUCAGAACCUGACCGACAGUGCCAAGAACAGCGCUAUGAAGCAAUCCACGGAGAAGGAAGUCAGCAGUUGUCAAGGCCAUUGGAGCUCUCUGGUGGGCAAACCCAUGAGUCCCACGGGGGGCUUCCGGAGCGUUUGGGACUUCAUUGGCCUGCUCCUGCUGAUGAAGGACACCGUUGACUUGCCUCUCUUGCUCGUCGACGUUCACCUGGGGGAGUUGAUGCCUUUUUGGGGACUGCUGAGCACAAUGGGCACCUUCUACUGGUGCUGCGACAUUUUCUUGGCUUUCAACACCGGCUACCUGCGUAAAGGUGAACUGGUCCUGGACCGGAGAAGCAUAGCGAUGCAUUAUCUGCGCACAUGGUUCCUCAUCGACCUUUCUGUCACCUUGGUGGAUGUUGCACUAGAGUUUAUCAGCGACUUAUUCGACGAGUCUGCGUACACGGUCCAAUUCUUCCGCUUCCUCCGGGUGCUCCGCAUGCUGCGGCUUGGAAAGGUUGGACAAAUCUCCGCCUUCUUCCAGGACAAGUUGGAAUCCGAGGUGGCCUUCAUGGAGUUCAGCUUGUUCCUCGUGGUUCUGUGCAUGAUGUUGACAGAGCAUGUUAUUGCGUGUUUCUGGCUGGGCGUGGGCUCUCUGGAGGAAAACGGAGAGUCCUGGAAGUCCAGAGCAUCGCUGAGCGACAGCUCCAUCAUGAUACAGUAUCUUGGCAGCCUGCGAUGGUCGCUGGCACAGCUGGGCAUUGGUUCUACGAACAUCGAAGCGGCGACCACUGCAGAGGGAUACUACACGGUCUUCGCCUGCUUCGUGUCGCUGAUCAUCUUUUCAACGGUUAUCAGCUCCAUGACGUCGCUCGUUAGCGCUUUGCAUGGGAGCCGAAUGGAGGAAAUGGCUCAGUUCGGAAUCUUGCGGCGGUUCUUGAGACAGAACAACAUCAAAGUGGAUUUGGGCCAGCGGAUCCUGCGGUUCUUGGAGUUUAGGUACCAUGAACGGGCAUCGACCGCCAGUGCCGUGCAUACACCUCUCGUGCUGGCAAUGCUGCCUGCAGCGCUGAAUGCAGAGCUGCAGUUUGCGCGCUACCGCGACCAUCUCAUGAAGCUCGCUUUUCUGGAGCAGCUGGUAAAUGGCGAUGACGAGGACUCCAUAUCGAUGCCCAAUCCGCGGAUGAGCGCGCAUCACGAGAAGAUCAUGCACAAGAUGGCGGUUCAAGCCAUAGGAAUCCUGGACACGGCCGAGAGCGACACGGUGUUCUACGCUGGCCAGGAUGCCGAGCACGCCGUCUUCAGUCUGCUUGGUACUUUCCGCUACCAACAGGGGAAUUUGGCGGCCGUCAAUGUCGAGCAUGGGAAGUGGCUGUCAGAGGCUUGCCUCUGGACGGUCUGGUGCUAUGUUGGGGACCUGUCUUCUGUGAGUUUCACUCGUAUGGUGAUGAUCCACGCCGACGAGUUCGGCAAAUGCAUUGGCAGUGAUGCAGACCUGCAAAGGCAUGCUCAUGCAUACUGCAUCGAGUAUUUGGAAGCGCUGAAUGGUCUGCAAGAGUUGACAGACCUUUGGCAAUACCAACCGCUCAAGAGCGACGACGAAGAGAAGGCGAAACGUCAAGGUUUUCGACGAGAUCUUGCUGCAGGCGAUGGCGUCGUGGACGGCGCAAUCACAAGCCAGGACUGCCUUCUGUCCCGAGUCUGGCGAACAGACUUUUCUCUCUAUGUGGCCAACUAG